UCCCUUCUCUUUCUGUUUAUGUGUAUCUGUGCGUCCCUUUUUUUUCUCUCUCAGCUCUUUCUCCUCAUCCCCAUGGAUGUCCCAGGCAAUUUGGCUCUUUACUGCUCUCUUCCUAUCUCCUUCUCUCACCCUCUCGUCGGCAAUCUCCCGUCUUCUCUCUGGUGUCUCAGUGAGUGCCAGGCGGGACGUCCCUAGAGUGACCUUGGGGGUAAUGAGCUCCUGAUCACGAGUCAGGAAACCCGGCAUCCAACACCCAACCCACAACCCUCCCCUCACCCCAUGCAACACACAUAAAAAAGAAGAAAAAAAAACUACACAGCUAUCGCAUGCUCAGCCCACAAAGAGAAAUAGUAUUGGAGAAGCAGGGCAACGGGGCAGAGGUGCAGAUGAAAAGAACAUAGAGAAAAUACUACUUCAAGAUAUACAACUAUCAGACCUCCAAAAUAAAAAUGAAUGGACAGAAGCUGUGGACACGGGUGGCCGUGAUGGCACUCCUGGUGCUAACAGUGAUGGCAGCUGAAGGAGGCAAAGCAGAGAAACAAGGAAAGAAGGAGCGCAAGUCAGACUGUGGGGAGUGGCAGUGGAGUGUGUGUGUAGCCAACGAAGGCGACUGUGGGCUCGGCACCAGGGAGGGAACACGCACUGGCACCGACUGCAAGCAGACCAUCAAGACCCAACGCUGCAAGAUCCCCUGCAACUGGAAGAAGAAGUUUGGAGGGGAAUGCAAGUAUGACUUCCAGGCUUGGGGGGAGUGCGAUCUGGCGACGGGCAAAAAGAACAGGACGGGCGUGCUGAAGCGAGCGCUCAUGGAUGCGACCUGUGCCGCCACUGUCACAGCCACCAAGCCCUGUGGGAAAACCCCCAAGACUAAGCUGCAAGAUGCGAAGAAGCAAAAGAAGGAAGGCAAGAAGCGAGAGCGCGCCCAAAUGGACUGAUGAGGUUGUUUGUCCCUGGGAGGAAGGAAGAAGAGGGUGCAAAGACGUCCACUGCCCUAUUUCAACAUGGUUCCUCUUUGUAUAUCCUGUAGGUUGACAGUAGGAGCCUAUAGAGCUUUGACAAAACCAGUGGAAACAUGACUUUUAGUGAAAACAUGUUUUACUUUUUCUUCUUUCUAGCACCUGAUAAGAAACAACUUGUAUGUUGCGAUAGGAGAUAUAAUACUCAGUGGUAGGGACAAAUAAUGAAUACAAAAAGAAAUUUGUUUACUAGUGUUCUUACCUAAUGAUGUUAUUUCUAGGAUUAUUUUCUUACUGACAAAUUGGAUAGCAUUUGUUUUACAGUUGCAUAGCCUAACUCUAAUUUGGAAAACUCUUUGGUCCAUGCCUCGACUUAAUGAAGCAGUUGGCUAAAAGUGAAGCUCUAAACAUCUUCACUUAAUUAAUUUGAGCAAACAAAAAGAUUUGCAUUUGCAAUUUUUCGAAGUGUCUCAAGUUAAUGGUAAUGCUUUACCCCAUUACUUUCUGCUAUAUGAUAUUUUUCUUUUAUUUCCAGUAAGAAUAAACCUAGAUCUGUCCGGAGGCUGCAUGAAAUAGCAUCUGUAGUGUGAAAACUACUACUGUUUUUAGUGUGUUUUCCUCCUGCUGCUCUGUUGUACCUCAAUUUAUACCCACUGAUUUUUACCAUCCAGCUGUUUGCUGUAAAAAAAAAAA